AUGACCAGAGAAGAGCUCAGAAGUAAACUUGCAGAGUUCAAGCUUGAAACCAGAGGAGUGAAAGAUGUACUGAAAAAGAGACUGAAAAACUAUUACAAGAAACAGAAGCUGAUGCAGAAGGAGCACAUCAAUGGAGACAGCUGCUAUGACUACAUCUGCGUUGUUGACUUUGAAGCAACAUGUGAAGAAGGAAACCCACCUGAAUUUGUGCAUGAAAUAAUUGAGUUUCCUGUUGUCUUACUAAACACACAUACCCUGGAAAUAUCCUUCUCUCCUCUUAAAUCCACAUUCCCACUCCUUGGUACCCAUUGGCUGAGAGGAAGGAAACGUUCCAGUUUGAAGGUCAUCCAUCCCAUUGUGAAUCUGGUGAUGGCCAGUCAGGAGGCUCCUGUUGGCUGGGGAGGUACACACUCCUUUUUGUCUCCAGCAGGACAAGUAGCUGCUAUUGUCUUUUGGCUGUAGGAGGAUACCUUUCAGCAAUAUGUGAAACCAGAGAUUAAUCCCAAGCUUUCAAACUUCUGCAUCAAUCUGACAGGAAUAACCCAGGAUAUUGUUGAUAAAGCUGAUCCUUUUCCUCAAGUUCUUCAGAAUGUCAUAGAGUGGAUGAGACAGCGAGAACUGGGAACAAAGUACAGUUAUUCCAUGCUGACAGAUGGAUCUUGGGACAUGAGUAAAUUUUUGAACAUCCAGUGCCGUGUUAGCCGCAUCAAAUACCCUUCUUUUGCCAAAAAGUGGAUCAAUAUUCGCAAGUCGUAUGGGAACUUCUAUAAGGUUCCUAGGAACCAGACCAAGCUGACAAUCAUGCUUGAAAUGCUGGGCAUGAAUUAUGAUGGAAGACCUCACAGUGGACUCGAUGACUCUAAAAACAUCGCACGGAUAGCUAUAAGGAUGCUGCAGGAUGGGUGUGACCUGCGGGUGAACGAGAGAAUGCACGCUGGACAGCUGAUGACAGUGUCCUCCUCAGCCCCCUUAGAGGGAGCCCCUGCUCCACAGAUGCCCCGCUGCAGAAACUAGCAGUGCAGGGUUCUGCCUCUUAGACUGUUAAGAGCUUGUUAAACAGCCACCUCUGCCAGCUUGUCUGCCAUGCAGAAUCCUGGAGCACCUUAACUCAUCAUCUCUGUUGAACUAAAGAGGAGUGUGGAAGUUCUUUGCCCUUUGAGGCCUGUUACAGCA